AGAAACAGAACAAAGGUAAAGCAGACGAUGGGAAGCACAAGCACCAGCGCUGCUCUAAUAUCCCAUUUGCGGCUCAACAGAAGCUUCUUCAAGCUCGUCGAGCCAACCAAGGCUCAGGUCGAGUUUACCUCUCUCAAAUUCAGGCAUUCAAGGAGAGGGAGGCUGGAAUUCGGUUCUUCGCGGAGCACGAAAGGUUUUGGUACAGUCGUUUGUUUCGCUGCCGUUGAUGACGAUGUCAAAACCAGCAGCGCCUCUGAGUCCGAAGUUAGACCCGGUAUAGAUGUGGCUGGUAUCUCAGCAGAAGAAACAGCACAAAAGUCGGAGCAGAAUAAUGAUGGAAGUGCACUUUAUAAUUUUCUUUAUCCUGAUAAAGAUCUUCUCCCAGAUGAUAAAGAAAUGAAUAUAUUUGAUCAUCUUGAAGAGUUAAGGCAGAGGAUAUUUGUGUCUGUAUUGGCUGUUGGUGCUGCUAUCCUUGGAUGCUUUGCAUUUUCAAAAGAACUGAUAGUAUUUCUUGAAGCUCCUGUUAAAACACAGGGUGUACGAUUUCUGCAACUAGCUCCUGGCGAGUUUUUCUUCACAACUUUAAAGGUUUCAGGAUACUGUGGCCUUCUUUUAGGAAGCCCUGUAAUUCUGUAUGAGAUCAUAGCCUUUGUUCUUCCAGGUUUGACCCGAGCAGAGAGAAGAUUUCUGGGGCCUAUUGUGUUGGGCUCUUCGGUUCUUUUCUAUGCUGGUCUUGCUUUUUCCUACUUGGUUUUGACUCCAGCAGCCUUAAAUUUCUUUGUUACUUAUGCCGAAGGGGUUGUAGAGUCUUUGUGGUCCAUUGAUCAGUAUUUUGAGUUUGUACUGGUGCUCAUGUUCAGCACAGGCUUGUCUUUCCAGGUUCCUGUUAUACAAUUUCUUCUCGGGCAACUUGGUCUUGUGUCGGGGGACCAGAUGCUUUCCAUUUGGAGAUAUGUAGUGGUUGGCGCGGUUAUUGCUGCAGCUGUAUUGACACCAUCAACAGACCCUCUUACUCAGAUGCUUCUGGCAACGCCACUUUUGGGUCUUUACUUGGGUGGAGCAUGGGUUGUUAAGCUCACUGGACGGUGAUCACUUUGCGAUUCAAAACUUUGGUUGGGAUCAGUCCACCGGCCAGUGUAUCACAAGCAUGUUCGUUUUGUAUUUUGUUAAAAAGUAGUCAUAAAAGAUCAGGCUAUAAAUUAUUUGUACCAAUUCUGUAUCACUAUUGUAGAAUUUUCUUCCUUGUAUGUCUGAAAAGUCUCCAUCACUUGCCCUUGUAUAUCAUUAGUUCUAUCUGA